AAGCGAAUCCUGACCGUUGAUUUACAUCAGAGGAUACACUAGGGUUUUAGUAUUUUUAUAUCGCUUUUUUUUUCGUCUCUUCUCGCCUAGGCUCGAAACGAUUUUCGGCGGCCAGUGAUCAUCCAGCUAUGGUGUUCGUGAAACCCCAAAAGAAGCAGCCUUACUUCAAGAGAUAUCAAGUGAAGUUCAGGAGAAGGCGUGAGGGCAAGACCGAUUAUCGUGCAAGGAUCCGUCUGAUCAAUCAAGACAAGAACAAGUAUAACAGCCCAAAGUUUCGUUAUGUCGUGAGAUUUACCAACAAAGACAUAAUUGUUCAAAUAGUGUCUGCCACUAUCACUGGUGACAAUGUUCUUGCAUCUGCCUAUGCGCAUGAGCUGCCUCGUUACGGUCUUAAAGCGGGUCUUACAAAUUAUGCUGCAGCUUAUUGUACUGGUCUUCUUUUGGCUCGCCGUGUCCUUAAGAUGCUUGAGAUGGAUGCUGAGUACGAGGGCAAUGCUGAGGCCACUGGAGAAGACUAUUCUGUCGAGCCAACUGAAACAAGAAGGCCAUUCCGUGCUCUUCUCGACGUUGGACUUGUCAUGACCACAACCGGAAACCGUGUGUUUGGUGCCCUCAAGGGUGCUUUGGAUGGUGGGCUUGACAUCCCACACAGUGACAAGCGGUUUGCUGGGUUUAACAAGGAAGGAAAGAACCUUGAUGCUGAAAUUCACCGGAAAUACAUUUAUGGAGGUCACGUCGCUGAUUACAUGAGGCUGUUGAUGGAGGAUGAGCCAGAGAAAUACCAGAGUCAUUUCAGCGACUACUUGAAGAAGGAUCUUGCACCGGAAAACAUGGAAGAGAUGUACAAGAAGGUACACGCAGCAAUUAGGGCUGAUCCAUCAGUCAAGAAAUCGGACAAAGAGGCUCCUAAGGAGCACAAGAGGUACAACCCGAAGAAACUGACUUAUGACGAGAGGAAGGCUAGUCUGAUCCAGCGAGUGAAGGCGUUGAACUCUGUUGGUGAUGGUGGGGAUGAUGAUGAGGACGAGGACGACGAGUAAACAUAGUAGAAUUAAAAGCUUCAUCAAAGAUCUAUGGUUUAUCAUCGUCUAUGGAUUUUAUCUUUAUUAGUAGUGUUUUAAACAUAAACAAGUUUUGUCUUUUAGCGUGUGUGGAGUUUCGGACCACCAUUUGUUUUUAAUCUAAUUUAAAACCUAAGCCUUCUCUGAAA